AUGUAUUCUGACUGCAGUAGCACAUUUAUCCACCAAGGCCACAUGGGGAUGCCAUUGCGCCUGAGCUUUAGCAAAAUUCCCUUUUGGUACUGCAAAUCUCAUGAACAAAGGGCCAAGGUGUUCCUGGCCAAUAUCAUCACCAAGACUCAUCCGUAUGGCAACGCUGUUAACCCUUUUACUGUUCCCAAGGCGACCACAUUUGUCAGGUCCACCAAGUUGCUGGUGGAGGACAACAACUCUGGUGCUCACAAGAGGGGCACCAGUGACAAGACAGGGCAGAAGACGCAUGGCUGGUCAGAGAAGGGAGCAAAGCCGGUUGGCAUUCCACCCCCGCCCCCUCCGUUGUUGCCGCCAACAUUGCCCUCAUUGCCGCUUCGUCCACUUCCAACGUUGUCAUCGCCUCGUGUUCCCCUGGCUAGCUAUGCCAAAAGCCACAAUGGGUUGAGCUUUGCCAAGGUUGACAACGUCCACAAUAGCCACAACAAUUUGCUGAGUUCCGGUGAGGAAUUGAAUGUUCUCGGUUGGGUCACUGCGGCGUGCAAGGAUUCAAACGUUCCCGCUCCGGUGGUCGCGGAGGAGGUGCAGGACUCGAGCGUGGAGAAUGUCGAGAACAUUGGCCAUGUUGGGGACCUCGCUGAGAAUGUUCGCAACAUUGGGUCACAUCCGUCCCGACCGUCUCCUUCCCAACUGUCCCAACCGACUCCAUCCCGACCUUCUUGA